AUGGAGGAACGAACAAACAACUUAACAUUUCCUACUAAUUUUAGCACUUUCACUGAGACCAAUAACUGCCUAGUUGAUUUUGAUGGAAGUGCUUCAAUGGAAAAUCUUCCUGUGUCUAUGUUACAUAACGUUGUCAACAUUCUAUCAAUCCCCGUUGCAACAACGGCGAACUUUUUUGUUCUGUGGGCCAUAAAAGAGAGACCUUCCUUGCACACACCAUCUUCGGUGUUCCUGUUUAUACUAGCGCUAUCUGAUUUUGCAAUUGGUGUCUUCGUUCAACCGUUGGUUGUCAUUCGAUCCUUUGGUGCGGCAGCCCAUAAUUAUCGCUUGUCCUGCAUAUCCAAGGUCUUAAUUUUCGCCGUGGGUACCGCCCUUGCUUCCUUGUCCUUCGCGUGCAUAACUGAAAUAAGUUUCGAUCGAUACCUGGCACUAGUACUACAUCUACGAUACAAUUCAAUCAUCACUGUCAGACGUGUGAUCAAGUACAAAAUCAUAGCAUCUGUUGCAAUCUUUCCAAUAUCAAUAUACUUCUGGUUCUCGAAGGAGGAGUGGUUCAAGAGGACAGUUCUUACGGUUGCGAUCACACUGGCCGCCAUCUGCGUCACACUAAUUCCUAUCUCGUAUUAUAAAAUUUUCAUGAUAUUACGACGGCACAAAAGGCAGAUACGGAACCAAAAUAACGUAGUUACAUGCACGCAAGGAUUUUCUGACACUGACAUUUCCAAAUACAGAAAAUCUGUAAUCGCAAUUCUAUACGUUCUUGGAGCAGUCGCCUUAAGUUAUAUUCCAUUCGGAGUAUGUACUUGGAUGCAAAUAGUGUUUCAGGCGAAGAUAAACCAGUUGGUGACUAGUUCUGCGGGACUAUUGAUUUUAUUAAACUCUUCGAUUAAUCCUCUUGUCUACUGCUGGAGGAUGACAGAAAUUCGAAGGUUUGUUGUCAUGAAAUUACGUAGCAUAUUAGGCGUUGAUCGUGGAAGACAAGUCCGAUCAGUUGGAAUGAUAACACGUUAACCCUUUACACCCUAACAUCAGUAUGCAUAUUCUCCAUACUGUUCUCUAUACAUUUCCC